AUGACUGGAUAUACGAUGUUGCGGAAUGGGGGAGUGGGGAAUGGAGGCCAGCCGUGGAUGUUGAGAUGGUCCAGUCGGAUCCGGCUCACGUGGCUUAGUUUCACGCUCUUCAUUAUCCUCGUCUUCUUUCCCCUCAUUGCUCACUACUACCUAACCACCAUCGAUGAUGCGGACGAUGCUGGCAAGCGCAUCUUUGGCCCUCGGACUGGCAACGAGCUGUGCGAGGUAAAGCAUGUGCAAGACCUGUGCCGCAUCCGCGAGUCAGUCAGUGAGGAGCUGCUCCAGCUGGAGGCCAAGCGGCAGGAGCUCAACAGUGAGAUUGCCAAGCUCAACUUGAAGAUCGAGGCCUGCAAAAAGAGCAUUGAAAAUGCCAAGCAGGACCUGCUGCAGUUGAAGAACGUCAUCAGUCAGACCGAGCAUUCCUACAAAGAGCUGAUGGCUCAGAACCAGCCCAAGCUCUCCUUGCCCAUCCGGCUGCUGCCAGACAAAGACGAUGUGACCUUCCCCCUGCCAAAAUCCAACCGGAACUGCAGGCUGCACAACUGCUUUGACUACUCACGCUGCCCGUUGACAUCUGGCUUUCCAGUCUAUGUCUACAACAGUGACGAUUACCCUUUUGGUAGCUCCUUAGACCCUUUAAUUAAACAAGCCUUUGAGGCGACUGUCAGAACUAAUGUUUAUGUUACUGAAAAUGCAAAUAUUGCUUGUGUGUAUAUAAUUUUAGUGGGGGAAAUGCAAGAGCCCAUAAUGCCAAAACCUACUGAACUAGAGCAACAGUUGCACUCUUUGCCAUAUUGGAGGACGGAUGGACAUAACCAUCUCAUCAUCAGUUUAUCAAGGAAAUCAGAAACUCAGAACUUCAUUUACAACAUCAGCACAGGGCGCGCCAUGAUUGCCCAGUCCACCUUUUAUGAUGUGCAGUAUCGACCAGGGUUUGAUAUUGUGGUAUCACCUCUGGUCCACGCUAUGUCUGAACCCAAUUUCCUAGAAAUCCCACCCCAGGUGCCGGUCAAGCGUAAAUACCUGUUUAGCUUCCAGGGGGAGAAGAUUGAGUCUCUCAGAUCUAGCUUGCAAGAGGUUCGCUCUUUCGAAGAGGAAAUAGAAGGCAAUGCCCCAGCUGACUACGACGAUCGGAUCAUUACUACCCUGAAGGCUGUUCAGGACAGCAAGUUGGACUUUGUUUUGGUGGAGUUCACGUGUAAGAACCAGCCUAAGGCGAGUCUGCCCACUGAGUGGGCUCUGUGUGGAGAAAGGGAUGACAGACUAGAGCUACUGAAGCUAUCUACAUUUGCACUGAUAAUCACCCCGGGGGACACCCAUUUAGUGAUCUCCGCAGGGUGUGCCAUGAGACUGUUUGAGGCUCUGGAAGUUGGAGCCAUCCCGGUGGUUCUCGGAGAGCAAGUUCAGCUACCCUAUAAUGAUGUGAUCCGGUGGAACGAGGCAGCCUUAAUUAUACCAAAGCCACGUAUCACAGAAGUGCACUUUCUUCUGAGAAGCAUUUCUGACAAUGAUCUCCUUGCAAUGAGGAGGCAGGGCCGCUUCUUGUGGGAGACCUACUUCUCCACCUCUGACAAUGUGUUCAGCACAGUCUUAGCUAUCAUAAGGACUCGAAUCCAAAUCCCGGCCGCUCCUAUCCGAGAAGAAGCUGCUGUGGAGAUUCCCCACCGGUCUGGCAAAGCUGCUGGUACAGACCCCAAUAUGGCAGACAAUGGUGACCUGGACUUGGGGCCUGUGGAAACAGAACCACCCUAUGCAUCUCCUAAAUAUCUCCGCAAUUUCACCCUCACUGCAAUGGACAUUUACAGGAAUUGGAAUUCUGCUCCGGGGCCUUUCCACCUUUUCCCCUACACUCCUUUUGACCCUGUUUUACCAUCAGAAGCAAAAUUUUUGGGGUCUGGGACUGGAUUUCGACCAAUUGGUGGAGGUGCAGGUGGCUCUGGGAAGGAGUUCCAGGCUGCUUUGGGUGGCAACGUUCCCCGGGAGCAGUUCACAGUAGUGAUGUUGACUUACGAGCGGGAGGAAGUGUUGAUGAACUCUCUAGAAAGGCUCAAUGGUCUCCCGUACUUAAAUAAAGUUGUGGUAGUGUGGAAUUCUCCCAAGCUUCCCUCUGAGGAUCUCUUGUGGCCAGACAUUGGUGUCCCAAUCAUGGUCGUCCGCACAGAGAAGAACAGCCUGAACAACCGGUUCCUGCCAUGGGAUGAGAUCGAGACAGAGGCCAUCUUGUCCAUUGAUGAUGAUGCUCACCUUCGCCACGACGAGAUCAUGUUUGGGUUCCGUGUCUGGAGAGAGGCAAGGGACCGCAUCGUUGGCUUCCCGGGGCGCUACCACGCGUGGGACAUCCCCCAUCAGUCCUGGCUCUACAACUCCAACUACUCUUGUGAGCUCUCUAUGGUGCUCACUGGUGCUGCCUUCUUUCAUAAGUACUACGCCUACCUGUAUUCCUACGUGAUGCCACAGGCCAUCCGCGACAUGGUGGACGAAUACAUCAACUGCGAGGACAUUGCCAUGAACUUCCUGGUCUCUCACCUGACAAGAAAACCUCCCAUAAAGGUGACCUCCCGCUGGACUUUCCGCUGCCCCGGGUGCCCUCAGGCGCUUUCUCACGACGACUCUCACUUCCAUGAGCGACACAAGUGCAUCAACUUCUUCGUCAAGGUGUACGGGUACAUGCCCCUGCUGUACACCCAGUUCCGCGUGGACUCGGUCCUCUUCAAGACCCGCCUGCCCCAUGACAAGACAAAAUGCUUCAAGUUCAUCUAG